AUGAGGUUCCUGAUCCUGUUCCUAGCCCUGUCCCUAGGAGGGAUUGAUGCUGCACCUCCUGUCCAGUCUCGUGUGGUUGGAGGAUUUAACUGUGAGAAGAAUUCCCAACCCUGGCAUGUGGCUGUGUACAGCUACAACAACUAUUCAUGUGGAGGUGUUCUGUUGGACCCCAACUGGGUUAUCACAGCUGCCCACUGCUAUAACGACAAUUAUGAGAUUUGGCUGGGCAAAAACAACUUACGCCAGGAUGAACCCUCUGCUCAGCAGCGCCUUGUCAGUAAAAGCUUCCCUCACCCUGGCUACAACAUGAGCAACCCUAAGAACCACAUACAACAUCCUGAGUAUGACUACAGCAAUGACCUAAUGCUGCUCCGCCUCAGCAAGCCUGCUGACAUCACAGAUGUUGUGAAGCCCAUCGCCCUUCCCACUGAGGAGCCCAAACUGGGGAGCACAUGCCUUACCUCAGGCUGGGGCAGCAUUACACCUAACAAAUUCAAAUAUCCAGAUGAUCUCCAAUGUGUGAACCUCAAGCUCCUGCCUAAUAAGGACUGUGACAAAACGCGUGAAAUGAAGGUGACAGAUGUCAUGCUGUGUGCAGGAGAUAUGGAUGGAGGCAAAGACACUUGCAAGGGUGACUCAGGAGGCCCACUGAUCUGUGAUGGUGUUCUCCAAGGUAUCAAAUCAUGGGGUUAUUUUCCAUGUGGCAUAUUACCAAGCAUCUACAACAAACUUGUUAAAUUCAACACCUGGAUAAGAGACACUAUGGCAAAAAACACCUGAGGGUCACAUUGUCCCCU